AUGGGCGUAGAGAAGAACCCGCCGCACGUGGCGCUCAAACUGAGUGACGUGUUUGCCACAGAUAAGAAGCCCCCCCAAGCGAGUGCGCAGCACCAGCAGAGCAGCAACCCAAACGAUGAGGAAUCCACAGAGAAGUCGAAAAACAUUCUGAACAAGUACAGAGUGACCAAACUGAACAAUGGAGAGUUUAACAAUAUUUAUGUGAAGAAUGAGUUUUUUAAAGAUAGAGCGAAGACGAAUGAAUUGAGGCAACCGAAUUGGGAGGUAAAGGCUCUCCCCAAAGGAGGCGAGGACUCUACGAAUGGGGACCACCCAGUGAAGGAUGGGAAGGAAGAAGAUCCCCAGAAAAAAAUUAACAGCUCGGUUAAAUUAUGUAGGAGGAAAAUUCACAAACAAAGCAACCUGCUUAUGUCGAAUGGGACCAUCGGACUAGUUGUGCACAACGGAGUAAUGUGCCUGUCGAUGAAGGGCCAACAGUGCUUCGUCAUCACAAGUGCCAAAAAUGCAUUCAAUGUUUUGGACCCUCAUAAACUUAGGAAAGCCUACACAUCCGAGCACUACCCGGAAGACAUACAAAAUUUGUACUGCGCGAAUGGGUACGUCUACGUGAUUUUCCGAAAGAAGGUUUACAAGGUGAAUGAGUCUGGGGGGAAAAAGAUCUUCUCCCUGGAGGAUGACCUGCAUAGCAUCGUGAACAUUUUGACCGUGUGCGAUUACCUGCUGACGUAUAGCAAGAAGGAGAUAGUCAUAUGGAACGACGCCCAUAAGGAGGGGUGCGAUAGCGACGGUUUUGUUAGCGACGCAGGGAGUGAGGUGGGGAGGGGAGAAGAGGUCCCUAGUGAGGAGAAAGCGUCGAAAAAGGGAGAAGGCGAAACCCCUGAUGUGGAUAAAACCGCUAAUGAGGGAGAAGGCGAAAGCCCUGAUGUGGAUAAAACCGCGAAGGGAGGAGAUACCCCCCUCGCGGGGGACGCAACCCUGAGGGGCUGCCCAAACGAGAAAAGGCACCUAUUCAAAAGGAUCCUCCUAUUUGACGACCACUCCGAUGUCGAAAUACGCUCAGUCAUCCACCCCCCAGGGUACAUAAACAAAGUGAUCAUCCUGACGAGUGAAAAUAAAAUAUACCUGUACAACAUUAAUAAGGAGAAAAUCAUCCACGAGUAUAGCGCUCUCCAGAGUAUCCACUUGAGUAGCGAAAAGGAUGUAAAAGUGAUCACCUUAACAACGAAGAAGGACCAACUGUGCGUAGUAACGUCGACCAAUGAGCUUCACAUAAUCAACACGGAGAGAGACGAACUGGUGUACUCAAAAAAUAUACACAUGAAUGAGGAUAAAAUUACCUGCGUGCAGUUCUAUAACUACUCCUUUAAUGGGGAAAGCAUGUCCGUCAUUUUGGUAGGCACCCAGUUAGGGAAGGUCAUCAUGAUCGACCCGAACAGUAGUAACUAUUUCAUUUUGAGAGAUGCACACGAUUGUGUGAAGGCCAUAUUGAUACCUCCGCAAAGUGGGGGGUACCUAUUCACGGUGGGCCAAAGGGACAACAAAAUCAAUCUGCUCAACUUGCAUAAGUCUACGUUCACCUUGGAUGUCAUGAAGAGAAGAAACAGUUGCGUUGGACGCAUCAAUAAUGUGAAAUAUCUCGACGAUGAAAAAUUUAAAAUAAUAGUUUCGGCAAAUGAGGGAAAUAAACGGGAAGGAAAUCUCUACAUCUUAAACCCUCACUGCCCUGAACAGAAUAAAGACUUUUCGUGGAACAAAAAAAUUAACCUCAUAGAUAGGACCAUCAUCGAUUUUGAUAUUAACCCUAAUAGGCACUACGACUGGAAUAAUAUACUCGUGUGUGUGAGGGACUCUCCGCGCGUUUACUUGGCCUCCUCCUACAAGAAAGUCAUAGACAACGUGUUUUUGGCCCUCCCCAACGACAUUAUCAGUGGGGCUUCCAAAGAGCGCAUGCAGAGAAGGGGGAAAGGGGCAGCAAAGGGGAGAGGCCAAGGAGUGGAACCGCGUGCAGAUGAUGAUAACCCCAACGGAGUGAGGGAGGGCCUCUUCGACUGGAUACAUAAUCUCUCAAAUCAAGCGCAGCAAAGUCCCAGAGAAUCCAAAGAGGAAGAGUACAAAAUUUUUGAAGACUACAACGAACAUCAUAGCGACUUAGAAGAGGAUCAAAAAGAAAUAGGAAGGAGGAGAAAAAGCGCAACGAGCGUGUUGAUAUCCACGUGUGGGCACAUUGGCAUCGUGGGGUACAGCGAUGGGGAAAUCCAUUCCUUCAACAUGCAAUCGGCAACGUACAAAAAUGAGUACAAGCUGAAUAAGUACUCCUUCAAAUCGAAGGCACACCUAAAUGGAGAUAUUUUGAAGCUCUACCGAUACGGCAUAAGCAAUUUCGUGUCCGCCUCAAACAGCAAGGAAGAUCUUUACCUAAGGGUGUGGAACAUAUACACAAGUGAGUUAAUAUACUCCUACUGUAUCAGAAAGGAGUACCUAAACAGCGGUCAUUAUAAAAGGAAUCCAAACGGUGAUGAAGUUACCAUCGCUUCCUUCUACCACUUUAACAUCCUCACUGUGGUGUGCCUUUCAAAUAACCACACGGUGAUUCUAGACAUUGAGCAGAAAUGCAUAACCAGAAAAUUCGAUUUCGCCUAUGCAGUUACCAAUGCCACCUUCAGUGCAGACAACAGAUUAAUUCUAUUCGCUCUAAAGAAUAAAACCCUAUUGUUGUACGAAAUUAUAUCCAACACGUUCAUCGAUUACUUGCGGUUCAAAAGUCACAUCACGUCAAUGGUCUACAAUGACGUCUACCUAUUCACUGCGCACAGCGAUGCGGAGAACUAUCUUUACUCAUUUACGAAUAAAAAUCUUUUCAACAGCAACAACUACGUGGUUAAUGAUUAUCGGUCCUUUGGCGCCUUUCUCAUGGAGGAGCUAUCUGACGGUGAAAGCUCCAACGGGUGCCGCGAACCGAGCGUUGGGAAACUCAUCGGGAUGGACUGCGACGUGGAGGAUGAAUGCCCGAAUGGUAGAGAUACAUUACCAGGGGACUCCUCUGGCAAACCCCACUCAGAGACCAUCCAUGACGGACCGCUCAACUCAGCGCAGUCCAUCGAACCGUACAAAUCUAGCGAAAAACAAAUCAACAAAAAUUUACUCACCAUGUCUGGAUUUAGCAUGUCCAAGAUUGCCUAUAUCAUCUUCCUAGACAAGAUAAAGGAAAAAUGCAGGGUGCAAGAGAGCGUAAAGAAAAACGAAGAAAUCCCCUUUUUCCUCAGCGCCCAGCUGGACAGAAAUGUGGAGUACGCAGAGGGGAGGGAGCUGCAGUUUUUGCAAAACAUCACCAAGGGGGAGGAAGCGGUUGAUAAAGCGGUUGACGAAGCGGUUGACGACGUGGUUGAUGAAGCGGUUGACGAAGCGGUUGACGAAGCGGUUGACGAAGCGGGAGACAACGUGGCUGACGAAGCGGUUGACAAAGUUGCUGACGUGGCUGACAACGCGCCUGACGAAGAGCGUAACCAGGUGGACGCCCCCGGCGACGGCCACGCGAAGCCCAAGGCGAAACCCCGAAAAACGAAAAACAACAAAAACAGACACAUCACCAAGGUGGAUAAAAUCGAAAUGCCCAUAUCCAAGCUGCAGGAAAUGCUCGCCCAAAACGAGGACUCCUACAUCAACGUCUUGAAGUACCUGAUGGGACUCUCCCCAUCCGGGGUGCACUUCAACAUCCUCUGUUUGAGCUCCAGGGACGAGCUGGAAAACAUGAUGAACUUCUUCAUUUAUCACGUCAAAACGAACGACAACAUCGACCUGAUUCAAGCAUACAUAUUCAUAUUUUUAAAAGCGCACGGCAAAAAGCUGCUGAAAACGAAAGACAAAAAACUUCGGAACACCACGGAGGUGCUGCUGCAAGAGAUACAAGCGAGCUGGUCGAAUAUCAACUUCUUAUUUGAAAGCGUUAUUUUUUUUAUCAAGUUUUUAACAAAUAUACAGCUGGAGUGACGCUGCCAUGGGGGGUGAACCACACACCAGUCGUUAGCGCAUCUGUUCCAUGCGCCUUUUUGUGUGCACCCAUUUUGCGCCUCUCAGUUCCUCCCACCCUGCGCAAAUUUGCGUUCGGGUCAGCGGUAAGCCAACAAUCCCGUCACCACAAAAGCGCAGCAAAAAAUGGCAGGAAUUAUCUCGUAGACGCACAUUCCUUACAGUUGGCGCCAUUUUACCAAACUGCUCAGUGCGUGAUGUGAUUGUACAUUUGUGUAAUUAUAAUUCGUACCAUGUCAAAAUGUCGUUCGCGCGACUAUUGCCCCUCUUUUAAGCGAUACAGCGACAUGGCGCCUUUUCAUUACUUGUUUCGUAAAAGGGCGACUCGCAAUUCGUUUGCCGAUUCGUUUUGAAUUUGUUUUUUUACUUCGUUUUUUACUUCGUUCUUUAGUGCAUUUUUUAUUGCAUUUUUUUACUGCUUUAUUUUACUGCGUUUCAUUCGAGACUCCCCUUCCUUCAACUUUUUUCAAAACGCCCCUUGAAUUGCUCUUCAAGCUAUUCUUCAACCUU